AGUCUGUAUAACUGUCAUGUGUACAUACACAAUCAAGCAUGAGCUUCAGAUGACUUUCUGCUAGAACAUGAGUUUGAGACAUACACCAGGCAGCAUGGGAGCAACGUCUGUUGGUCUGCAAUAUUGAUCCAGACCAAAAUCAACUUGACAUGGAACAGUGUGAGUUUUGUCCCUUGGGCUACCUGACAGAACACAAUGAAGACAUGGCCCUUAUGAUACUUAAUCAGCCACAAGAUAUUGAUGUGAAUUUCAUGAAACAGAUGUGGACUAAAGCAAAGGUCAAGGUCACAGUAGAUGGGGGUACCAAUGUACUACACGACAGUGUAAUGGCAGACCGAGAUAUGUACAUCCCUGACCUCAUCAGUGGAGAUUUUGACUCAAUUAAACCAGAAGUUUCAGAGUUUUACAAAAGCAAGGGGGUGGAGAUUGUAUCUACGCCAGACCAGGACUACAUAGACUUUGCUAAAGCUCUCAAACUCCUCACAACAAAAACCAAGGUGGAUCUCAUUGUUGUAUUAGGUGCGUUUGGUGGAAGACUUGAUCAGGUGUUUGCUAACAUUGACGUGCUACAUCAGGCCCAGACUCUGACCUCAAUACCUGUCGUGCUAGCUUCUGUUUGUCAGAUGUGUGUCCUUUUGAAGCCGGGAAUUAAGCACUGCCUCAAGGUAGAUACAGGAUACGAGGGAGACUGGUGUGGUUUGAUACCUGUAGGACAACCUUGUCUUCACAUCACAACAACAGGACUCAAAUGGAACCUUGAUAACCAAGGAAUGGAAUUCGGUAAACUGAUCAGCACUUCCAACGCUCUGGAAGGAAAUGGACAGGUCACCAUAGAAACAGACAAUAAUUUAUUGUGGUGUAUGGAAGUCAAAAUGGACAGGUCACCAUAGAAACAGACAAUGAUUUAUUGUGGUGUAUGGAAGUCAAAAUGGACAGGUCACCACUGGGACCGAAAGUUUCACUCUGUGGUUCCAAAUCACAAAUUUUAGCUUUGCCUGGACCAAAGAACUGGACAGGCAAUGACAUGGCAUCCUGUGUCAGUCCAUCAACUUUUCUUUGAUCCGUCUGUCCGUAAACAAUUUUUGUAAUCAAUAUUUCUUGAGAAGUACUGGAUGGAUCUUUCUUAAAUUUCAUUUGUAGGUUUCCACCUGUCCCUAGUUGUGGUAAUUGAAAUUUGGGUGUGAUCAGGAAAAUAAAAAUACUGCAAAGGUCUUUUUCAAAUCUUGUGUAUUUGUUCCUCUAGAUCCCUAGUUGUGUCUGUUUGAUUUUGGGACUGAUCCAAAAAAUAAACUGGCCAACAGGCAGCCAUCUUGGAUUUCACAAAGUAAAGUUUGUAAUCCCUAUUUCAUAAUUCAUAAAUUCAUACCUGGGUCUCACUAUGUCCCUAGUUGCACCCAUUUGAUUUUUGGUCUGAUCAGGAAAAAAAUGGCUGACAGACAGCCACCGUUGAUUUGAAAGUUUGUUAUCACUAUUUUUAGACAAUUAAUGCAUAGAUCUUUCUCAAAUUUCAAGUAUAGGGGCCCCUUGGUCCCUGAUUGCACCUGUUUGAGUUUGGAACUGAUCAGAAAUCAAAAUGGCUGACAGGAAGCCAUCUUUGAUUUUGCCUAGUAAAGACUGUUAUACCCAUUUCUAUUUGAGAGCGAUCCUCCCUUACUUUUCAAGAAAUAGCAAUAACAAACUUGAUUGAAGAAACCCAAGAUGGCACUCUGUUUGCCAUUUCAUUUCUCUUAUCAGUCCCAAAAUCAAACAGGUACAACUAGCGACCACGGGUAAACUACAUGUGCAAUUUGAGAAAGAUCCAUCAAGCACUUCUCGAGAAAUAGUGAUAACAAACAUUGUUUACAACAGAAGAGAGAAGGAUGGAUGGACGAACGGACCACAAAUUCAGAGCGAUUUGAAUAGCCCACCAUCUGAUGAUGGUGAACUGGAAAAUGGAGUAACACCAUUCUCACCUGCCUUUCAAUCAUAUUCUCAUAACAAUGUCAACUCUAUGUGCAGUCAUAUUCUGGCAUAAAGAAGUCAAAAGUCUGCACAUGUGUCUUUAAAUGUAUAAAAUAGAAAAUGUAUGGAAGCAGCCCUUUCUGUACAAGUAUGGCAGUUUGGUGAUCCAAAAACCAAUCAUAUCGUGUUAAAUAUUAAAGUUUUCAUUACUUUGUGUAAUGAACUUUUAUUUACAACCAAUGAUUAACUACAUGAGAACAAACAUUAUAAAGGUUUUAUGAAUAAACAUAUAUUUAAUUAAAAGGCCAGAAUCAACAAGGUAUAUAUUCAGUGUAAUGGGUGUAACUUCACCAACUACAGUGU